UGGAGAAACAAGAUACAACAAAGACAAGAUACUGCAAGGUCAAGGAGUGGAUGAGCCGCUCUCUGCAACUGGUUUCAGACAAGCAGAUGCUGCUGGUUUAUUUCUCAGUAAUGUGAAGUUUACACAUGUCUUUUCAAGUGACCUCCUUCGAGCAAAGCAGACUGCUGCCACAAUUCUAGGAAAAAAUAAGUUUUGCAAAGAUUUGGAAAUCAAGUAUGAUGCAAGACUUCGAGAGAGAAAAUACGGAGUUGCAGAAGGAAGGCCUUUGACUGACCUCAAGGCUAUGGCAAAGGCUGCUGGAGAGCAGUGUCCUUCAUUCACGCCUUCUGGAGGAGAAACCCUGGAUGAAGUAAGAGAACGUGCAAGGGAUUUUUUUGAAUUUCUGUGUCAGCUAGCUGUUGAAUUGGAACAGAGAGAACAAGACAUGCACGGUGCAGCAAGCAGAAGCACAAGAACAUCUGAAGAACAGUUAUUUUUCCCUUGGACAAACCAUUGCGGUGAUGCAGAACUUAGCUCUGAUAAUGGUGGAGCUUCUAAAAUAUUAGAUGCCAAUAUAUUAGUGGUGAGUCAUGGAGCCUACAUGAGGAACUGGAUUGGUUAUUUUGUUUCAGAUCUCAACUGUACUUUACCAACAAAUUUAACAAAGUCUCAGUUGUCUUCUGUCAGUCCCAAUACAGGAGUUAGUCACUUCAUUAUAAAACUUGAAAAUGGAAAUUUGUUAAAACCUGAAAUCACAUGUGUUUGUCUUAAUCUAGAUUCUCACUUAGUGGAUGUGGGAGCUGAAUGCGUAGCUCCAAAAGUGUUUUAAGAGCCUUUGUAGGGGGAAGUGGUUUUAGAUCACCAGUAUUCUAAGCUUGGGAAAGGUAUCUGUAGUAAUUACUGAGA